AUGACCCAUACAUCCGUCACUCUGCAACAGAACGUUUAUAAGGCCAAAUAUGAGCCUAUAACCGUUGAAGACGUCGACGAGAACAACGUCUCUUCUCCAGCCUUGCAGUGUCUUAUCGACUCAGCACAAGACGCUGCCGUUGGGGUGGCAGCCACGUAUCACUCGAACUGUUCUCUUUCCUCUUUAGCAUUUGCAACGCUCACCAGAGCGCUCGUCGUCCACUUUUCAAAGAAACAGAAUCCGCAGCAGAAGAAGAAGAAGGGCCAGGAACAACAGCCUCCGGUUUCCCAAGGACGCAUCUUCAUGCAAGACCAAAUUCUCUGUAACAUCGGCAUUAAACUUUAUGGGUUCAGGAUAGACAGAAUCGCACUUGCUCUCUUUUUAGACCUCUCGCUUCGUAUCAAUGGCGCAGUUGACGUCCUGUCGGUGUCUACCAAUAAUCGGCGCUCACUCCAGGCAAUUACGGACGCCUUAGGUGGCGAGGGCUUACUCAAUAAGGACAACGUGAAAACCCUGUUCGCUCAUAGAAAAGGGGACGCAGCAUCCAAGGAUGUGGCGCUCCAGGCUUGGGCAGCAUGUCGCGCUGCCACAUCUGAUAACAUGAGGCUUAGAUUUGCUGCUAUAUCUCGAAUCGACACAGACACGAUGCCAGAUAUACAUCUGAGCGCCCUCGCCAAGGUUUCUCGUGAUGCUGAAAUUUUAGAGUCUUUGAAGCCAACGAAAGUCGUCAACAAUGUCAAAGCAGACUCCUUCAAGAAGGGCAGUGUCAAUCUCGAGUGCACUCGCUUCAGUACGCGUAUCAUGCAGUCUAAAUCCCAAGUCAUCAAAAUCGAAAUGCUGGACGGGAAAAAGCGGUCAACGGUCACUGGUCGCGCAGGGCGAAUAGAUGGAAAACAGGUUCAUAUUGACAUCCAAGGCGGAAAAAAGGCUUCGGGCAAGAUCCUCUCCGUGACCACCAUCGGGAAAGAAGACUUGACGGCUGCUGAAUCAGCCAGAGAAGAUGUAGUGCUAAAGGCGCUUCAGAGCACCAUCACGUUGACCGAACAUCCAUUCUUCUGUAGUAUCUGGGCGCCGUCAUUAAACAUCACAUGGCCGCCUCUGAAUGCUCCCACCGCGUCGCACGUCUAUUAUCCUAACGGUCAAUUAAACCCCUCGCAGCAUGAGGCAGUGGAGCGAAUUAUUUCGCAAGCGGACAGGGACCGUGUAUUGCUUAUUCAAGGUCCUCCUGGCACUGGCAAAACGACAGUCAUAGCGGCCAGUGUCAACAGUAUGAUCAACACUGGCCCUAUGGAGCGUACGGUUUGGCUUGUAGCACACUCCAACGUUGCCGUCAAGAAUAUCGCAGAAAAGCUUGACAAGGUUGGCUUCCGUGAGUUUAAGCUUCUUGUAUCCAAAGAUUUCCAUUACGACUGGCAUAAACAUCUCUAUGAGAGACUGGAACAUUGUUUUAUACGAUCCGACGUGUUUGGUGGCAGGGCUUUUAACGCUAGCCAGCAUUUGCUCGACAAACACACAAACAAACCUACAAGAGUUAUACUUUGCACGUCGAGUAUGCUGUCCAAUCCUCGUAUCGAAGAUUUUACUCGUCAGGUCCCGGUUCAAACCGUGAUAUUCGACGAGGCAAGUCAAAUCGAAGUGGGAGAAUACCUGCCGCUGCUUCAGCGUUUCCAGCACAGCCUCAAAAAAAUGGUGUUCAUCGGUGACGACAAGCAACACCGCAUGCCACUUGUUAUUGGCAGCUUCAUUUCCCGUCAUGUAUACGAUCACAAGUUGAAGACCGUGCACGACAUCAACAACAAGGCAGCAUGUCGUUUCUUGGAUGUCAAAAAGGGCAAGGAGGAGAAAUCGGGAAAGAGCUGGGCAGUACGUGUCUCCUCCCGACCUUCGUGA